AUGUCAUUUGCUAACUUUGAUGCUGGUGCACAAAAGAACAAGGUCCGGAUUAAAGAGGCAGACACAGAGCGUGCAAACUCAGAUUCCGAUUUGCUACGUCAAACAUCCCUCAUUCUUUCAUCGUUUGUUGAAGACGUUUCUAUGUUUGGGAAACUUCAGCAACAACUGGGAACCAAACGAGACAAUGAGCGUCUACGAGGGCAAAUAGAAAGUUCAAUUAGUAAAUGCGAUCUACAAGAAACUAGGUUAAGGCAAGUUACGUCAGAGCUGGAAUCUAAUUCCUACCAAAAUGAUAGUCCCAAUGUAAAGUACAAAGAGAAUAAGCUGUUGAACGAAGCAUCUAGGAUACUGAAAAACUACCAGUCUUUGAAAAUUGCGUAUGAUGAAAAAAUAUCCAGUAUAAAAGUCAGAGAGGCUUUUGAGCAGAAUACACGCCAGGCCAACGAAGCAGCGUUAGAGCAAGAGCAACAUAAUCUGGAGACGGAAACAACACCAUUGAUAUCUAAUCAAAUACAAAAGAUUGAUGACAAACAUCAAUCUGCUUUGAAUCAGGCCGAAGUUUCAUACCACUCUGUUCUGAUCAACCAGCGAUCUGAAGCGAUUCAAGAUAUACAUACCGGGGUCGGUGAGAUCAAUGCGAUUUUCAAGGAUUUAGGAACUCUCGUUCAACAACAAGGACAAAAUAUCGACACCAUUGAAGUUAAUAUGAUGUCCCAUGCUAACAAUAACCAGGAGGCAACCCAUGAGCUCAUCAAAGCAGACAAUUACCAAAAGAAGAAAAGAAAAUGGAGUUGCGCCUUACUCCUCGCUCUAGUCAUUGUGCUCGUAUUAGUGUUGGCAAUUAUCAGUUGA